AUGAGUUGUACCACGUUAUCCCGGAGAGCUCUUAACCUCCUCACAACUACCAGGACCCCCCUUCAUAACUUAGUUCUGCGGUCCUCUUCCACUAUUAAUGUGUUAGGUAGAGACUAUGCAGUAGACGGAGAGACAAACGUGUCGUCUCACUUAUUAAAGCACACGGACAAACUACUACAUCACCGCAAACACCACCCCAUACAGAUCGUGAAACAGAGGAUUGUUGAGAACAUGCAGGCGAAAUAUUUGUGGAACAACAGAUCGCCCCUCUUCUCACACUACGACAAUCCCCCUGUUGUUACCCACGAUCAGAACUUCGAUCAGCUCUUGGUUCCGGGUGAUCAUGCUAGCCGACGCAAACAGGACAACUACUUCAUCAACAAAGAUCUGAUGUUGCGGGCACACAUGACCUGUCACGACACCGACCUCAUCAGAUCCGGGCUGGACUGCUUCCUGACAACUGGUGACGUGUACAGACGGGACACCAUAGACCGGACCCACUACCCUGUCUUCCAUCAGAUGGACUGUGUCAGGACCUUCAGUACCUGGGAGCUGGAGGAGUUUAGUCAGGAACCCAAACAUUUUAAAGCGUUUGCGGAGGAGGGCAGCCCUGCCGACCCCAGUAUCCAACCCUGCCACACUGCUGAGGCUGUGAGGAUCAUGGAGUACUCUCUCAAGAGUACCCUGAUAGGUCUGGUGCAGUCACUGUUCGGGAGAUGCAAGUACCGCUGGGUGGAGGGUUCCUUCCCUUUCACUUACCCCUCAUUCGAGCUGGAGAUAUUUUAUAACGAUGAGUGGUUGGAAGUGUUGGGGUGUGGGAUUCUAAUGCAGGAUAUACUCACUAAAUCAGCUAUACCCAACAAGGUUGGUUGGGCGUUUGGAUUAGGACUUGAGCGGUUAGCCAUGGCGAUGUACGGUAUACCCGACAUAAGAAUGUUUUGGAGUGAAGAUGAGCGCUUUUUGAAACAGUUCAGAGUGGAUAACAUUCAUCGACGUAUCACGUUCGAGCCCUACAGCAGCUAUACCUCCAGAACACGUGACAUCGCAUUUUGGCUCCCUGCCAACUUUGUGGAAAAUGACUUCUACGAUUUUGUUCGAGACAAACUGCCGAGCGACUCGGUGGAAGAUAUAAAACUGAUCGACGACUUUACAAAGGAAGGUCGCAUCAGUCAUUGUUAUAGACUAAUCUAUAGGGCUUGGGAUCGACACUUGACAUCUGAAGAAGCUAAUCAUAUACACGAUAACCUUGCAACUGAGGUGGUAAAGAUAGGAGGGGUUGUUCGGUAGUGGUCUGGAUGUGGGACAAAUUAGGAAGUGAAAUUUCACAUAACAAAUCAUGUGCUCCAUGUAAAUUAUAUAUUUUCUAAAGUGAUCUUAUUUUUUAUGAGGUUACAAAGUUGUCACAUUGUUGCGUGUAUUGUGUUUAUACUUCGCGGUUUUGGUUAAGGUAAUUUAUGUUUCAAGUUUAAUAUUUAAAACUGUGAGCUUCAAGGAAGUAAAUUGUGAUAUUUAGAUUGAUAUUUAGAUUAAAAGUUAAACUUUUAUCAUAAUGACUGGCUCUUUUUCAUAGGAUCUUGAGCAACUCUUUAAACAAUUAGCUUUCAUUCAGCGUAAAUUUUUUGGCUGAAGAUUUGAUGGUUGUAUUUGAAGGUUCACUAGUAAUCUUACUGGUAAUCUUGUUAGUGUAUUACUAUUAGAAGUGUGAUAAUUCGGACAUGAUAUCUUGAUACUGAUACCGGCGAAGUUAAUCCGCUCUGAACUAAAGUGGAACUGAAAUUUACCCGGUCUGAAGUAGGGUGGAACUGACAGUUCACAAGCAGAACUGAGAACACAAUAGGAGUCACCUAUCUCACACAAUAGGAGUCACGUAUCUCACACAUUUGUAGUCACAGCAAGGUCGGCUACUCAUGACCAGUGUUUUGAAGCGAAGAGAUGAUUUCGGAACAUUUAACCGUGAAGCGGUAUGGAACGGUCCUAAAUAAUAUCGUCACAUAGUCUCAUGCUGCUCCGAAAAGAUACUAAAUUUGUGACAUGUGAAUUAUGAUCUGGACACUAAUUGCAAGUUUUGUCGGCCUGUAAAUUUGAUGAAUUAACGUAGGACGGAAAGCUCUGCUGUUGCUGGGGCUGCUGCGUGAGUGGUCCAUGACAAGUAUUAAUGGUCUCGUGGUGAGGUGGUGGUCACGUGACUUGCCACGUCCGGAGUUCCUAAGUAUCCAGGCUUCUCUCACCUCUUCAUUUCUCACGAUGUUUGUUUUGUGGUUCGCUAUCUUGCUGACUGCUGAUGCAGCAGGUCUGGUCGAUCUCCAGGACAUUAUUGAUUCCCAUCUGGAAACAGCUGGAGAUGGUGUCUCUGCUGAUAUUGAAGGUAGGGUUAGAUGCAGGGAUAUCACUGAUAUUGAGACACUCUGUGAACACAAGAAACAGUGCAUGGACGUCAUGCCCGAUCUACCGGAUCUCUGCCGAAGUUUCAAGAGAGAGAAAACUGGUGUGGACGAGUUUGUUGAGAUAAUAGACAUGCGCCGAAGUGAGACUCACAUCAUCUCCAUGUUGUCUGAUGUCAUUCAGGGUUACGCUGAUGCCAGUCCUCCUCUCAUCAUUCAGGGACCUAAAAACUUGACAGUCACUCCGGGAUCUCAAUACCAGCUGGAGUGCAAAGCUGAGGGAGCUCCGACACCUAAACUCACUAUCACCAGGUUGGAGGAAGCAAGUUUGAAUAGAGUCAAAUCAAAGAAGAACAAGCUUGAUGUUCAAAUGUCAGCGGCUCACGUGAUCCACAAGAAUGAAAGGGUCCAGAUCCAGGAUGAGGGAUGGUACAGAUGUGUAGCUGCCAACAAUCGCGGGGUUGUCUUUGCAGACGCUUACCUCCGGGUCUAUGAUCUCUGUGGAGAUAUCACGUGCACAGGGGGUAAGAUCUGCGUGCCUGAUAACGAAGCUGCCACUGCAUCCUGCGUCUGUCCAGAGUGCGUGGAUCCGAGCUACGACCCGCUCUGUGGAAGUGACUGUGUCACUCACUUCAACUUCUGUCAGCUUGAGCUCAAAAACUGUCUUUAUGGGACCAGCUACACCAGGUUUCUUGAUUCUAGAUUCUGCCCUGACUUCACCCCUCCUGAGUUUACUGUGACUCCACCAAGAACGCUCGCCGUGACGGAAGGAAAAGCUUUCACUCUAACCUGUAAAGCAGCUCCUGCUGGAAGGAGCCCAGGACCUCAACCUAUCAUCUCCUGGUAUUUGGCGGACUACGAAGCUCCAACCAAUGAGGAUCCCACGCUUUAUGAACCUGACUAUGGACAAAAACUUGGAGACGGGGAAACAAUCAAACUGAGAAUGAAGGAUGACCAUGACAUAUUCUGUGUCGCUCACCAGUGUAAACACGGCCAGAGUAUCCCCAUUGAUAUUGUUUCUGAUUCAGUGUAUGUCACCGUUGCCCCAGGAGAAAUCAACGUGUGGAGAGGUGGUCCGUCCUGUCAAGUGUUUGGGGAUCCCCAUAUCAUCACAUUUGAUAAUGCGGUGUACGAGUUUGAAGGACACUGUGAAUAUAUCCUGGCUAUGGAUUGUGAGAAGAGGAAGUGGUCUGUGUACGGUAGUUUUGAUACUUGCUCCACCCACGGUCGAGGGGCCUGUCUCUCGUCGGUCACUCUUUACUACAACGGCGAGGUCUCCCUUGAGCUGCUUCGUGGAAAGAUAGUCAACAACGCAGGCAAGCGAUUCGACGUUCCUGUUGAAACGACUCCUGCCAAGAUCACGACCGAAAGUGGUGAAACCUUGUACGUCUUUGAGAAGGAUGGCUGGGUGGUCGUCAAAUUUAACUUUGCAUAUGAUUCCCAUUAUGAGCUGCGUUGGGAUGGACUGAUGAGUGCUCAGAUUCUACUGGGAGCCAAUGCCCCUGCUACAUGUGGUCUGUGCGGUAAUGCCAAUAACAACACGGCUGAUGAUUUCCAGAUGAGAUGGACGGGAGACGUAGUUGAAAAUGUGAACGAGUUCGGUGACAGCUGGAGAAUUGACAGGAGAAAUAAAUGUAAGAAAACUGCUGAAAUGCCGGAGUGGGAGUGGGAGAAAGACUUUGCAGACCGAAAGCAGGAAGCUACCACAGUUUGCAACAAGAAGUUCGACGCUCCCCAGCUCGUUAAGUGCGCGACUGGCACGGGAUAUGGCAAGCAGGUCAGUCCUAAGCCCUACAAAGAGGCCUGUGUAUCCGACUACAUGAGAUCUGAUUUCCUUCCAGACGAGCUGGCUGGGCUGAACAUGGCCUGUGUGACGGUGAUGAACUACGCUGAGAGAUGUGGAAAUGAGGCGAACAAGAACCACCUCUGGAGGGAAGAAAGUGGGUGCGCUGGGGAGACUGAGGAACUUGAGAAGUUCAAGGAGUUUCUUGGAGAGUUUGAUUGUGACUUUUAGAGUUUUGAAGUCAGGGUCUAGAGAACUUAGAAAGUGCGACUGACUAUCAACUUGAGAUUAUUCAGAUAGUUCGCUAUAAAAUCAAAUAGAAAACCUUAUAAUCUUGUUUACUCGAUGCUUUUAGGUGUGAUGAUACUAUGUGUGAAAAAAUAAUCGUUCUUGCACGCUAAUAUUUUUAGAAAAUAUAUUGUAAUUAUUAAUAAUUAUUGACCCAUUAUUGAUAUAAAAUGGAA